AGGGAUAGCCGUUAAAGGCGCGUCCAGUUGCCACUCUCUCAGUGCAUUCAUACAGAUUGCCAGUCAGUGGGGUGAACCUGUGCAUUGGCUUUGGUUUCUUACGGACUUUGUCGUAAACCAGCUGCUGCAUCUACGUCGAAAUGGCUGAUCAGUUGACCGAGGAGCAAAUUGCCGAGUUCAAGGAGGCAUUUUCACUUUUUGAUAAGGAUGGCGAUGGCACCAUUACCACCAAAGAACUGGGCACUGUGAUGCGCUCUCUGGGCCAAAACCCCACAGAGGCAGAGCUGCAGGACAUGAUAAAUGAAGUGGAUGCCGAUGGAAAUGGAACGAUAGACUUCCCAGAGUUCUUGACCAUGAUGGCCCGCAAGAUGAAGGAUACGGACAGCGAGGAGGAGAUCAGAGAAGCAUUCCGUGUCUUCGACAAGGAUGGCAAUGGGUACAUCAGUGCUGCUGAGCUGCGCCAUGUGAUGACAAACCUGGGGGAGAAGCUGACUGACGAAGAGGUUGAUGAGAUGAUCAGAGAAGCAGACAUUGAUGGAGAUGGACAGGUCAACUAUGAAGAGUUCGUACAAAUGAUGACGGCGAAGUGAAGGCCUUGUACAGAUUUCUUAUAUAAAUAAUUUGCCUUUUUCUUUGUGUAAUUUAUCUGUAAAAUCUUAAUAGCCCCUCCUUCGUCCCCGCCCCCUCUGCUGUCCAAAGGAACUGCAUGUAAACUGCAUAGGCUCUUGUCCCCAUGUCCCUUUUCUUUUGCUGUCAUGGUGUUUUGGAGUGACGGAGCGGUCAUACAACCAGAUGCCCGUGGAGGCCCCUGUGGGCCGGAGAACUUCGAAUCUUCCUUUCUUGAGGGCUCGGGCCCCUCCACGCAUGGCGACAUUGGAAACCUGUCAGCUGGUUGUCACUUGGCAACGUUGUUGACAUGGAAACAAUGUAGAGGAGUUAACUCUGCAUGGACUAGUACGGACAAAGUAUAUAUGGAAAAUCUCUCAGCAUUGCACUACUGCAAAAAAAUGACACGGGUGUAUCUCCUAGGUACUCGUACAAACUCUUUUUGUAUCUGCUGUUCUAUAUACCAGAAAACGACUAAUCUUAUGCUUUUUAAUGUUUUACUCACUACUUUUACUUUUCUUUACUUUUUUUUUAUGGCCUCUGGUCAUGCCUCAAAUAAUCCAUUCCAAGUUGUAUAUUUUUGUUUUCCAAUAAAAUUUACAAUCUACCCAGAUUUGAAAAUUGUCUUGUUUUCUCAGUUAGAAUGGAUCCUUGAGUUUGUAUACGCUGUAAUAAUUCCCAUUUUUGUAUUAAGGGCAGGAUGCUCCUUUUUUGAUAUAGGAUCUUAUUUUCUUUUGUUGCUUAGAAUACAUAUGAAACGAUGUUUACCAUUUAUUUUAAAAGUGUCCCCUGUUAAUGCCCCCGAAGCACUGAGAGGAGCAUCAGCCAAUGCCUCUUAAUGUUCAGAUAAGUUCAGAUCAAAUCUGUAUUGUCAUUAAAAUAAUUUAAAGCACUGAGUGGGAUCAAAGGCUUCUAUUUUGAAGUGCACACAAUGGUACUCGACAUUAGAUUAGCCAUGUACUGUCCAGCCCCCCUACUGACUAGAUAGGCGUGUGUGUUGUCUGCUACUGUUGGCACAGCACCAGGUAGAAGCUGACUGCCUCAUGUCUUACUUGGCAUUUGCCCCCAAUCACGAGGUGCAGGUGAUAUGAGCGUACAUCAGAAACCGUGAUGUAAAUAGAGUUGUACCUGUUUUGUUUAAUUUCUGAAUAUUGAGUUUGUUACAGUAGCUUGCAGAGAUACUAAGUUUGUUAUUUUGAUGAAUGACAAAAUAAAGCUCUAUUGUGGACCUCU